AUGACCUCCUUGGGGCGCUUCAUCUCCAAGCUUGGCGAGCGCGCCCUCAUUUUCUUCAAGCUGGUGAAGAAGAAUGUCCCGUUCGAGUGGAUCCCGGAAGCUGAGGCGGCCUUCGAAGACCUCAAGCGAUACCUCACGAGCCCGCCUGUCAUGGUGGCACCCACCCACCCAAAAGUCCUACUCACGCUCCUCAUCGCCUCUAGGAAGCUGCACCACUAUUUCCAAGGUCAUCCCAUCAAGGUCAUAUUGGCAUAUCCCCUGGAGAAGGUGCUGCAUAGCCCCAACGGCGUCGGGAGGGUUGCAGAAUGGAACAUCGAGCUGCAGGUCUUCCAGCUGGAGUUCAUCACGACAAGGGUCUUCAAGGGGGCGGCCCUGGCCGACUUUGGCUCGGGGGCUAGAGUCAUGUUCGUCUCACCGACCAAGGACAAGCUAUACUAUGCCGUGCAACUCUGCUUCCAGCGCGGCGAGAAGGUGUCCAACAACACCUCGGAGUACGAGGGCUUAAUUGCUAGCCUUAGGGCCGCGGCUGGCCUAGGAAUCAAGCGCCUGACCAUCAAGGGCGACUCCCAACUCCUCGCCAACUUCUCCAACAAAGAGUACAAGCCGAAGGACAAGCACAUGGAGGCUUACAUGGAAGAGGAAGACGACAUCGCCAAGAGGGCAUCCCGCCGCGAGCCUCAGAGGCCCGACGUCUUCGAGGAGAGGCUCCACAAGCCGUCAGCGGCCCCCCUGGCCAUGGGCCUGGCAUUGCUCAGGGAGGAGCUGCCGCCGGCCCCGACCUCAGGAGCCCCAGCCUGUGGUUCGACCUUAGGAGCUCAUCUACUCUUGGCGCUAGAACCUCAGGCGGGCUGCUGGAUUGAGGAGUUCAAGGCCUACCUACUCCACGACACCUUGCGAGAGAAGGAGGAGGACACGGAGCGCGUUGUCCGCCAGUGCAUAUCCGAAGGACAAGGGUGCAAGUUGCUGGCUGAUAUCCACGGCGAGGACCGCGGGCACCACUCCUCGUCGCGCACCCUCGUGGGAAAGGUGUUCUGCAGCGGUUUCUACUGGCCGACGGUGCUCAACGACGCCGCCAAACUAGUGCAAUCUGGCGAGGCUUGCCAAUUUCAUGCCUAG